CGGCCUGACAGCCAGUCACCAUGAUGGCCUCUGUGGUUGUCGGGGGCAACCGGAAGAAGUCCCUCACACUGAGAGGCGUGGACCCAGAGACCUGCAUGAUUGUGUUUAAGAACCACUGGGUCCAGGUCGCAAAGAUCCUGGAGAAGCACGAGCCGAGCCGCAGCUCCUCCAGAGCUCUGAGCUUCCUCCACGGCGGCGGCGGCGGCGGCGGCGGCUCGGGGCCGUUCCGGCUCGGUCCGAUCCCCGCAGACGAGGCCAGCGCCGUCCAGAACUACGUGGAGCACAUGCUGUUUCUGCUGAUGGAGGAAGAGGCGGGUCAAGGCGGAGCGAUGGGGCCCAUCCUGGAGUUUGUGGUUCUGGAGGGUGUGAUGGAGAGGCUGUUCCUGUGGAGCCUGAGGAGACAGUUCACCGAGGACAUGAAGCUGGAGCAGCUCCGGAUGUACCAGAUGCUCUUAUCUCAGGCCAAGCAGCCGCUGCUGCAUCACAAACCCGUUCUCCGGCCGCUCAUGAUGCUGCUCACCUCGUGUGCCGGAGCUGCCACCGACGGCGGCGGUGUUGUGGAGGCGGAGCUGGUCCAGCUCCUGAACCAGCUCUGCGUGGCUCUGGUCAAAGACCCGUCGGUCCUGGAGCUGUUCUUCCACACCACUCAGGACCAGGGAGCCGCCAACUUCCUGCUCUUCUCCCUGCUCAUCCCGUACACUCACAGGCAGGGUUUGGUGGGCCAGCAGGCCCGAGAUGCUCUGCUGCUCAUCAUGUCUCUGUCGGCCUCCGAGCCUCGGGUCGCUCAGCACAUCGCUGACAACACCUACUUCUGUCCGGUACGCUCACGACAUACACAAACACGAGCAGCAGCCGAAACACACAGCUAAAACCAGAGACACGUCAUAAAUGCAAGAUGUUUGCUGAAAGUUCCAGCGCUCGUCAAUUUUCUGCACUCACUGGACUUCUGUAGUGCCGUCAUCAAGGUUGCUCAUCCCUCCAUCCGCUCCCAGUUACUGAGUUACAUCUACAACGGCUUCCUCGUUCCUGUUCUGGCUCCUGCUCUGCACAAGCUGACAGUGGAGGAGGUGAUGACCACCACGGCAUACCUGGAUCUGUUCCUGCGCUCCGUCUCUGAGCCCGCUCUCCUCCAGACCUUCCUGUCCUUCAUCCUGAUGCACCGGCACGACAACGUUCACGUCCUGGACACGCUGGUCAGCCGGGUCAACACACCUUUCCAGUUGGGGACGGUGUCUCUGGCUCUGUUCAGGACUCUGAUCGGUCUCUUCUGUGAAGACGUUAUGUUGCAGCUGGUGUUCAGGUAUCUGAUUCCCUGCAGCCACUUGAGCAGGAAGCAGCACUGCUCCUUAAAGCAGAGGGACUGUUACUCCUCCAACGCCGCCUCCUUCCUGCUCCUCAUGCCCUCCUGGUGCCCAGUUUACCUCCACAACACAAACACACGCUCAGAGCACAUCCACUGGCCCAAAGGAGCAGAUCUGUCGGUGUCAGACAGUGUUGGCUACUGUCGGGGUUUGGACUUCCUGAUGGAUGUUAACUACGUCCAGUACCUCUGGGACGCUCGCCAGGCUAUCGUCACCUCGCACAGAGCUUGUCAGUUCUGGUCAGCUCCUUACGAUGGCAUCAACCCUUCUCCUCAACAGAAUCGCUAUGACACAUCAGGGUACGACAUAGAAGAUGAAGAAGAGCUCAUAGAAAGACUGAAGAGUGACUCUGUCUGCUCUUUGACUGUUUUCCCUCCACUGACCGUGCUCUCCCCGACACCGUCCUCCUCAGACACGGUGUCCACAAGCAACCAGGCAGGAAGGGUCAGCUCUGCCAUGGACCUGGAGUGGGAUGACAUCUUUGAAGAUGAGGAUCUGUCUUCAUCAGCGGUCUGUAAGGAGGCAAAUGGCUGUGUGGAAAUGGACAGAUGUGCUUUUUCACCUGCACCUCCACCACUUCCUCCUCAGUACAUCCAGGAAAUGCGGCGCACUGCGACCAAGCUGGUGCAAGGCUCGUAUGUGGAGGAGUCAGAGUUUCAGGACGAUGUUGUAGUCUACGAUCUCGUUGCUCAAAAAGACACAAAGGCAGCCAUGUUGGAACAGAUCAAGGCAGCCAGUCGACCGUCUCAUGAAAGCCUCUCAAAAAGCGCAACAGUAUCAGCUAUGUUAACAGCAACAGGAAAGUCUGUGAUGGAAACAGUUAACAGCAUCAUGUCAUCCCGGAGGAGGAGUGAGGAUGGAGGGAAGGAAGAAAGAAGGAAGAGUGAAGAUUAUAAGGAUGCAAGGAGGAGGAGCGAGGGAUUUGGGAAAGAGCUGGGAAGAACACAGGAGGAAGGAGAAGAAGAGAUAAAGAAAACAACGCAACACAUCAUCACUAAUGGCUUUGAUGUAAAGAAUCAUAUCAUCAGCAUAUCCGUUGAUAUUGGUGAAGAAACUGAAUCAUUUCAGCACGAUUACAAUCCAAAAGAAGAUGGUUUCAUGGACAUAAUACACCAGAAGCAGACACAUCCCAACACGUCUCUCGUUCCAUGUUUAGAGGUCAACUGUUUACCAAACGGCCAUUUUGAACCUGAGCCUCGGGAGCUUUGCGUGCCCUCAACAAACACCCAGACGGAUUACAAAACCACAAAAGACAACUUCGUGUCGCAGUACUGCAAACUCAUGCUGUCGUUGGGAGUUGAGCCUGACUGUGAUGACAUCACAGAUGACAUCAGAACAUUCAGCAGGCGCGUACAAGACUUGAGGCGAAAACUACAGGAGGAGGAGGAGCUUAUCACUGACUUUGGUUAUAGCUCCUCAUGGGAUGAUGCAGAGGAGGAAGGAGAGGGAAAGGCCAUGGAGGAGGAAGAGGAAGACAACAAGAAAGGAGGCAGCAAGAAACAUGAAGUUCCUUUUACAGGUCCCUUUAUCAGCGUCCUGUUAUCUCGACUGGAGAACCUUCUGGAGAACUCCAUAGCGGUUAACUUGUUGGUGACUGGCAUCCUGACUCAGCUGGCGUCGUACCCGCAUCCUCUGCUGAACUCCUUCCUGCUCGGCACCGACAUAAACGCCCAGUCGAGCGUACGAACGUUAUACCAGGUGUUGGUUUCCGUGCACGCUCAGAUCGAGCACUAUGUGGCCAACAGACCAGACUAUCCAUCCCUGAUCACUCAGGCCUGGAGGUUCUUGUUGGCUAAAGACCAAGAUGGCAAAUUCAGAGAGUCCCUGCAGUCUCGCGGCGGGGACAUCAUCCUGGACCCGUCUCGGGCCAACGGCUUCGUGAAGCACGCCCUGCCUCUGCCUCCUCUCAGCGUCCUGCCCCCCUGCCCCCAGAUCCCCCCCCAGGCCACGAGCCGAGUGUUCGCCAUCAUUCUGUUCGCCGAGUUCCUGAAGGAGCUGGCCGCCCUCGCCCAGGAGCACAGCAUCGCUCCGGAGUCCGGUCCAGAUCAUUAAAGUACUGUGGACGACUCCAGAACCGUCUCUGAAGAAAAGAGAUUAAACACGUUCUAAAACCUGCGUCUCAAAGUAUUUAAGGAACAAAAUAUUUCUGUCAAAUGUUUCAUCUGUAACUGUUUAUUCCUGGUAGCACUUGAAACUCCCCACCCCACCAGAAAAUGGAUUUUAUUUAUGAAACUUUUUGAACGAGAUUAUUUUUAAGAUAUUCAACACAAAUGUCUUUUUUUGUUUUAAUCUGUGGGCUACGUGCAAACAGUUGUGUAUA